UAGUUAUUAAUUUAUCAGUAGAAGAAAAAAAUAAAAUAAAAUAAAAACGAGAACGUUGAAAUACAAAAAAAUUAAAGUUGAAUGCUGAAUGAAACUUAUACAAAGACAGAGUCAAGAAACCACUAAAAAUGGAUUACUAAUGGAUUAUGAUAUACACACAUAAUAUCCAAUAACGCAAGAAAACUACAACAGAUAAUCCAACUCAAGAGACUUGUCAUCAUUCUUCACAUCCGCAUAUACAUAUACGAUAUUUUAAUUGAAAUGAACUCGGACCUUUGAGUUUAUAUCAUCAUCAUCAGACAUUGUCUCGUCAUUACAGGGUAUAUAGUAUUACACAUUUUCGGGGAGUAAUACAUCUAUCCAUAGAGAUAGCGAGUGACAGGAUAGAAAUACACACAAAAAACAUUUUUGAUGCUGCUUUGUGAAUAUGUUGCAUCGUUUACUUUACAAAAUGGCACGACAAGCAUACAAUGUGCCUCGUAAAAAAUUAAUUGAGAUAGUGAUAGUGUUGUUUUUAAUUACAAAAUGCCAUGCACAACAGGCAUGGGAUCAUGUUGUUGAUUUGGAUCAAAAUUACCAAUUACUAUGGACAGUAAAAGACACAGAUAUCAUAUUUGAAGCGAGAGUAAGGACGCAUGGAUAUGUAGGAUUUGGAUUUUCACGUGAUGGAACAAUUUAUGGUGCUGAUGUGUUCAUUGGAUGGAUUGACGAUGCCCAUACAUUUUAUCAUGAUUGUCAUAUAAAAACACACAGUGCAACUGGUGAACCAGUGCCAGACCAGUCACAAGAUUAUGUACUACUAAAAAGUAGCGAGAAUGCUACACAUACAAUAUUAAGAUUUCGUCGGAAGCUUGAUACAUGCGACGAAAAAUUUGAUGUUCCUAUCACGAAUGAUACGAUGAACAUAAUUUAUUUGUAUCAUCCGGAGAAACCAAAGCGAGGUCAAAUUAAGAAAGGCAGCCUGUCAGAUCCAGUUAUGGCAAUGCAGCCCGUAAAAUCACUUCUCCUAUUACAGAGGAGUCAACAAAGUAGGUCGAGUAAAGAAGCAGGAAUUAGUACGUUAGAAGUUAGAAAUAAAAAUGUUAGAAUUCCUUUGACACCAUCAAAGAUGCUUAAAUGGUGCCGUAUUCAUCGACUGAGAAAUAUAACAGAGAAUCAUAUUAUACGUUACGAACCUGUUUUCUCAUCGCCCGAAUCACAAAAGUUCAUCACAUCAAUGAAGCUAUAUGAGUGCAGAACAUCGGCCAUAAAUCUUCAAUCGGACGAUGAUGAAGAAUGCAAUGAGGGAAUUAAAGGCGCACGUAAGUGUUUUACAGUCGUUGCCACAUGGAGUCGCGGUUCGGAAGGCUUCACAUUCCCUAAAGACGUCGGCUAUCUUCUCGAUUCGAAUAGCAUCGAUAGUCUACUAUUAGAAGUACAUUAUCAACCAAUUUAUAAGAAGCAAUUAGAUGAUAGUUCCGGCUUUAGAAUAUAUCACACGAGAAAUCGCAGAAAAUAUGAUGCUGGAUCAUUACAAAUAGGAAUAGAGCCAAACUUUUUGCAUAUCAUAGCUCCAGGAUUUAAAAGAGUUAUCUCUGUUGGUCAUUGUACGUCAAAUUGUACACAAAAAGCAUUGCCAGCCGAAGGCAUAAACAUAUUUGGCGUGAAUAUGCAAACGCAUAGUUUGGGACGAAAAAUGAAAAUUAGUUUGGUGCGAAACGGAGAAGAGCUAGCACCAAUUGCUCAAGAGUCAAACUUAAAUGCAGACUAUCUCGAAAAUCGAAUUUUUAAUAGAGUUAGUAAAUUGUUUCCCGGCGAUCACGUAACUGUAGAAUGUACUUAUAAUACAUACGAACGAGAACAAUUCACAUUGGGCGGAGAUUCCGUUGAUGAAGAGAUUUGUAGUGCGACAUUGAUGUAUUAUCCUCGUCAGGAUCAACUUGUAUCAUGUAAUUCACAGACAAAUGUUGCACAUCUUUUGAAGGCAUUAGGAAUUGAAAAGUUAUCGAAAUCCGGCGAUCAACCGAUGAUAAAAAGUCCUGAAAAAUAUGCCGGUCGAACACUCGAGCGACAUUUACAGCUCUACGAUUGGAGAAAUGAGUAUGAUACAUUUGAUAGGAUCAUAAAAACAUCACAGUUUGAUGGAAUUUGCAAUAGUGCAGUUGUUUCUAGUCGAGUCUCUGGCACUCCAGCAAACAUAAUAAAGCCAUAUACAGCAUUAGACUCAUCAUGCCCUUAUCAUGAUUUAAAAACAAAUUCAAUUUACAAACAUCAGCCUAAUACCCAGUCAAAUGACAUUGAUGGCGAUGAAAAUUCGAUUAGUGACAAUGAAAAAAUAAAAGUAACGCGUCACUCGCCUACAUACUCACUAGAAUUAAGUAGCAGCUCGAGUCGGAAUGUCUUAUCGCCACUCAUAUUUCUACUUGUUGUCCUGAGGAUAUGUCUUCAAUGAUUGUAACAAAAGCAAAGUAAAACCAUUAAAAAAUUCUAUCGUAAUUAAAAAAAGUAAUAAUAUUUAUAGUAAGCAAGUAGUCAGUGAAUUAAUGAAAAAAAAUUUUGUAGUGAAAAAAAGAAUCGUCGUUCGUUCGUUAUCUAAUCAAUUUUAUUGAAUAACUUAAAGAAUGGACAUUCGAGAGAAUUUUGUGAAUUUUUAAGAGAUUUCCAUCAAAUUUCUAAAUUUAUGGUCGAUUUAUGCAACAUGUGAUGGGUUCAUGUAUAAAAAUGAUUUUUAUUAACCAAAAAAAGCAACGUUUAUUGCUGUCAAUGUUGUACCUUUAAAUGAUGUGAUGAAAGUUCUUAAAAAGUCUACAAAAAUCUUUCGAAUGAGUUUUCAGAACGUAAUGAAAUUGUGAUGAUUUUUGACUACUAAGAAGUUUUGAUAAAAAAAAAAAAAAAUCAGCAACUCAGCACUGAUGAAAUCAGCCAAAUGAUCCGUAAAAUCAAAUUUCUUUUGCAAUUUCAUGACGCUCAAGAAAAAAAGAGAGAAUAAAAAAAAUAUUUCGAGGUAAAAUAUGAGAACCAGACAAUCCAAUAAGAAGUUAAUGAGGAUAAAUAAAAAAUGAAAAAAAUACUUGUAAUCACUUGAAAAGCAAUAUAUUUUAAACAUAUGAGUGAAUGAAUGACAAAAAAUAAUAAUAAUAAUUUAAAUGGAAAAAUAAUUAAAUAUCCCACGUGAUAUGAUAAUAUUUUUUAAAAACAAACAUCGUUGAAUGGACAUUAGAACUACAGCAACUUAUUAUACGUUGUGUCUAAUUAUUAAUUAUUAAAACUGAUGAUUUGAUAUCUCUCUAAACCUGUAAUUUUUAAUUCAAAGUACGGGGAUAUAUGAAUAAUCCAUAAUUUUCAAAGACUGAAUGUAUGUUGAUGAAUAAUUCUCUAAAAAAAUGAUUUUUUUUUGUCCGCAAAAAACAUGUAAAUUUUAUUUAAGCGCAAGCAUGCGAGGGGUGGACAUUUUUCAAUUUAAAAUAGAGGCGUAACUACUCACAUUUGAGAAUAACAAAAUUAAAAAAAGUGUCCAUGCCUAGCAGCAAAAUGACAUUUUUUUUCAUAUCGACUGACUGUAUUUUUAUCCACGUUGAAUUCAGCAAAUAAAUAAACCACGCAAUACAGUCAUGAGGGACUUUAUCAAUUGUACCGUACGUGAUGAAUAAACUCGAGUUUAUUUAGAAAUUGCGCUUUUUUUUAUAUAGAAAAACGUCCCUUUGAGCAGUCUUUUUAGUGGAGAAAUGAAUGAAAAAAAAAUAAUAUUCUCUCUUUGAUCAACAGAAAUUGUAGAGAAAUCAGCAAACCACACUGCUCAUUUGAAUAUUACAUUAUUUUCAUUUCUGUUUGUGAAUAUAAUUUUUCUUGUGUAUAAAAAAAAAGUUAUAUAAAAAUCCAUACCUGUAAGCAGAGAAAAAAAAUUAUA